AUGUCUGGCUUCAAAAUCACAGCAACCGCCGUUUUAGGCCUUGUGCUAGGAUCUAACGCUCAAGUGCCAGUCUAUGGCCAGUGUGGUGGGAAUGGCUACAGUGGCCCUACCAGCUGUACAGCAGGAUCGUACCGCGGCUCCAACAUCUUUUACUACUACUUCGGUGGUUCCAGUGACAACUACAACGACGACAACACAGACAACAACCACGAGCAACCCUUCCGCAGCCAGAUAUUUCAUCACAUUGAGCUGUGGCCUCAAGAUACUGCGUCAUUUUCGUCAUCUAGCGGAGACUCAUACUCUCAGACUGGGUUCGAUAUCACUGGCACGAAGCCUAAUCCAUCUAACCCUCUCGGAAACCCCGACCUCCCUGGAUGGACUACUACGGGGGGUCUCAAUUGGCUCGGUUUCUUGGUAACCAACUACAAUGCAAGCCUCGUGUACUCAUACAACCUAGCAGAUGGAGGUGCCACUACAGAUGCAGAGCUGAUUGCUCCUUGGUCCCCAACAGUCCUGAGUUUCAUCGAUCAAACGACCAAGUUCUCGAAUAAUCUGGCCUCAAAGCCUAGCUAUGCCCCAUGGACAUCAGAUAACACUCUGGUCGGCGUUUGGAUGGGCGUUAAUGAUGUUGGGAAUGCUUUCUAUCUGGAUGGCUGGGAGGCUCUCAUCACCAAAGUGCUAGGGCGGUACUUCGAGCAGCUCCAAAUCAUGUACAACGCCGGCGUGAGGAAAUUUGUGCUUCUGGGAGUUCCCCCAACACAAAAAACUCCUCUGAUGCUUGCAAAUGGGGAGGCUUCCAACAUACAACUUGCAAACACGAUAUCAUUCUACAAUAACCUUAUAUCGACUAACCUGGCCUCUUUCAAAUCGAAGAAUUCCGGUGUAACUUCAUGGGUUGUCGAUACAACAGGUCCUUUCAAUGAGGCCAUUAACAAUCCUUCUCGCUAUGGAGCCCCGGAUGCUACCUGCUACAACUCGGAUGGUAAGAGCUGCCUGUGGAAGGAUAACUAUCAUCCUGGGAUCGAAAUCCAGAAACUCGUGGCAGCCGCGGUUGCGAAAUCUGUGGGUCCACCGUGGUUUGCGUGA